CCUGGAGUGUGUUGGUGACGCAAUCAGCUGUAAGUUCAGGAGAGAAGCAGCAAGCGGCGUUAAUUUCAGUCCGCGGACGCUUUCAUGGGGCACACAGGGUUGUGUAUUUGUUAAAGUUGUCGAGUUAAAAGCAGUAUGGCCAGUGAGAGUUCCUCUGCAGCUAAUGGACAGACAUCAGGAGAGAACAGUAGCAGCACGUUUGAAUGCAACAUCUGUUUGGACACGUCCAAAGAUGCCGUCAUCAGUUUGUGUGGUCAUCUCUUCUGUUGGCCGUGUUUACAUCAAUGGUUAGAAACCAGGCCGAACAGACAGGUGUGUCCAGUUUGUAAGGCAGGCAUCAGUCGGGAGAAAGUGAUCCCGCUGUAUGGAAGAGGCAGUACAAGCCAACAAGACCCCAGAGAGAGAACUCCUCCACGACCACAAGGACAACGACCAGAGCCGGAAAAUCGUGGCGGAUUUCAAGGAUUUGGCUUUGGAGAUGGAGGAUUCCAGAUGUCUUUUGGUAUUGGGGCUUUUCCUUUUGGGAUCUUUGCCACAGCAUUUAAUAUCAAUGACGGGAGACCACCACCAGCAGCCCCAGGCACCCCUCAGCACAUGGAUGAGCAGUUCCUGUCCCGCCUCUUCCUGUUUGUGGCGCUCCUCAUCAUGUUCUGGCUGCUCAUCGCUUAAACCGUCAUGAACUUUCUUAUCAGGACACGAUAAUCACUUGUCUCAGCGGAAUAAACGAGCCACUAAUAUGAACCUGCAGAGGUCCCGUCAGAAUGUCUUCUGAUCUGUUUGACAGUCCUGAUGCGACGCUCAUUUCUGAUGAUGAAUUUGAAAAAACAAACGUGUUAACCAGUCGGGGGUCUUUUUCUAUGAAAGAGAUGCAAUGCUUGAGUUUUGAUUGCAUGUCUGUGAUACUGUGAAAUGUGAUUUUUCUUCUGCUUAUGGUUAAUUCUUUCCCCAGAUGAUUUUAAAUAAACUUUAGAGUCUUAUUUCUCUGAAGAUUAAAUUAUUAAUAUUUGGGUUAUUCUACAACUGCACUGGCAAAUGUUGUCAUUCACUUUAAUAAAGCAAGAAGCUAAUAUCAGGAAAACUACUAUCUGAGUAAAUGUACUUCCUUACAGGCAUUUGUAAUACUUCAUAUCGACAUUAUCAUUUGUCUUAAAAUACUGUUUUUUUCCGGUGUAAAUGUCUUUGAGCCUGACAGUAUGCGAUAUAAUAUAGUGAAAUGUUCAUGAUAGUCUCACCCACAAACAUCAAUGGAGGAAAAAGAGGUGGUGAAGAGUUGUGAUAAACCAGCGCUCGACAGAACUCUUGAUGAGGACGAGUUCUCUCGAGUUAUGUCCCGGCCCUCAAAAGACUGACGCCACAGAAAGAGCUGCAGUUAAAAUGAAAAUACAGCAGAUUACGUUUGAUGCAGAGUUCAACAGUGAAGACUGUAAAGUGUAAUGUUGAGAUGUUUCAUGAAACAUUUCUGUGCAUCUUUGAUAUUAAAAAGUGCUCAAAAACAUUUAAGACCACUCCAAGUAUGAAUCUUGCCUCCGCUUUUGUCGAGGUUUUGGUUAGUUCCUCAUUGGAGCAAAAGACCUUGACUCUAUUGAAAAUGUGUUAUCAACAAUAAAAUCGUCUGGGUGCAAACUGCAA